UAGCCUUUUCAACAGCUGUAUUAAUGGAGGUCUAGUUGUUUAGCAAAAUACACGUUUUUUUUUAAUCUUAGCUAAAUUUUAAGUAAAUGUAAAAAGUAACCAAAUAGUUUUUCAAAUUCGUUUUUACCAAUAUGUCUGCAAAUUCAAAAUCACUUGAAAUCUCACCACAUAGUACUUUAACUUUCACAAAAACCAACAGAAAGCAAGAAAUUACCAUCAAAAAUGUUGGCGGAAAGACAGUGACCUACAAGGUGCAAAGUACAGUGCAUGGCAAGUUCAACAUAAAACCCCGCUGGGGCGUCCUGAGUCCCAAUGAGCACUCACAUGUCCUCAUAACCAUGUGCAAAGAUGUCGAGCUCUCGAGAAAGGGACGCGACAAGAUAGUGGUCGUUUGCAUGGUUUCACCCAUCAAUGCUGUGGACUUCGAGAUGACCGCCUCCUUCUGGCGCCACAAUAUCUGCUACGAUCCGGAUAUCGAGAAGCACCAACUCACCUGCCAUCAAAUGGAUGGGGCGGGAGAGGGCAAUGGCGACGGAGUCAACAAGGAUGCCGAGCCGGAGGAUCUAAGGCUAUUCCCAUCAUUUUGCAGUAUUCGCAUUCCGAGCAAGUACUGGCGAUAGUUUUCGACCGGAGGAGAAGGGGUGCGUCGAUUUCACCCUUCCGACCAGACUGGAGUGUCAAUUAUCCCGCCCGAGCAUUUUGCACUAAUGGCUGCAAUGACUAAGUAAUUGGUUAGCAGCCCUACCUUGUCUUUCCGUGCGCCUCUAUGGGCUCUAACAUUGUUGAUGAUGAGCCUUCAUUAAAAACUAAGAGCGUGUCUA